AUUGAAUACACGGUUUGUGUUGAAGUGAACACAACCUCUGGUGUAGUGAAAGGUCUGACUAUCGAUGUGUUGAACACAAGUGUUGAUCAGUUUUUGGCCAUACCUUAUGCCGAACCCCCGGUAGGGGUACUCAGGUUUGCCAAACCUGUGCCACUCAAACAUGCGAUCAAGCCACACAUCGAUGGCAGAGCACCGGGCAAUUCAUGUGUACAGAAAUUCAUUAAAGAGCUUGAAUUUGAUCGCAUGGGAAAUAUUACCAAAAGCGAGGACUGUCUGGUGUUAAACGUAUGGACCCCUACUGUCCGCACCGGUGACCGACAGAAAGCACACCUAAAACCGGUCAUGUUUUGGAUAUACGGCGGAGCUUUUCUUAUUGGGUCUAUAUUUCAACAGCAAUACAACGCUAGUCUAUUGGCCGCACACAAUGUGGUGGUUGUGUCCGUCAACUAUAGGUUAGGACCGUUUGGUUUCCUAUACGGGGAUCGGGAGGACGCGCCCGGAAAUGUCGGACUCUAUGACCAGUUAUUGGCACUCAAAUGGGUUAGAGAAAACAUUUACUCAUUUGGCGGAGAUAGGGAUCAGAUCACCAUUUUUGGUGAGAGCGCCGGCAGUCAAUCAGUUUCCGCACACAUACUCUCCCCGCUAUCUAAAGGCCUAUUCAAAAGGGCUAUUAUACAAAGCGGUGCCCUAUUGUUCAAUAAAGCCAGAGAUCCUAUGGUUAAGUCCGAAGCAUUGCUUUUAAGCAAAGGUUUGGCCGAAAAUAUGAAUUGUAGUUUAGAUGAAAACAAAUGGUUGGACUGUUUGCGAGGUUCUGCGGCUCAGGAGUUGAUAGAGGCGUCCGACGGCCGGCCACAAGUGGUCACUCUAUUUGACACCGAAUUUCUGCCAAUGAACGCACAGCACAUGUUUAAACAGCGGCUUUCGGAUAAUUACAUCAUAUUAGAUUUGGAUAUAAUGGCUGGUGUUAUGAGAAACGAGGGCUCAAUUUUAGGCCAGGGAGUGGUUAAACCAAAUCUAACCGUAAAUGACUUUAAAGAGUUUGUGUCACUUAUGAACACAAUUCACCACAAUAUCGACGAAAAACGUGUCAUUGAUUUCUAUCUACAAUCGAUUGACAAAAACAGUUCCGAUGCCUUAAAAUGGACUGAAUAUGACAUUUUUGGUGACCUUCUUAUGACGUGUCCGACCUAUAGGUUCGCCAAAGCGUACGCCCAGUUGGGAGGCGCCGGUGGUGUGUAUUUCUAUGAGCAGACAUAUCAACGCAAAUCAUUUUUAGAUGAAAAACUCUAUGGAGUGACACAUCAGGCGGACGUUGACUAUCCGACCGAACCCUAAAUGGCCUAAACUUGUAGACAAUAAAAGUGGAGAUUUAGUGCCAAAAGUGCUUGAAUUAAAUCCAAACAAAUUAUGGC